UUCCGGCUCGAAUUUCCAUACGGAGGCUCCUUGAGUGGAACUUUUUUGGGGAAAACGACCCGUGCCCAAGAGCUAGGCCGCACCACUGUAACCGCUGCCCCGGCCGCCGCCGCUCCUUCUCGGGCCGGCCGGCGGAGAGCGCAGCGCGGCGGGGCCGGCGGCAUGGCUGUGUCUUGGAGGAACUGGCUGGCCAACGAAGGGGUUAAACACCUCUGCCUGUUUAUCUGGCUCUCCUUGAAUGUCUUGCUUUUCUGGAAAACCUUCCUGCUGUAUAACCAAGGGCCAGAGUAUCACUACCUCCACCAGAUGUUAGGGCUAGGAUUGUGUCUAAGCAGAGCCUCCGCAUCUGUUCUUAACCUCAACUGCAGCCUUAUCCUUUUACCUGUGUGUCGGACGCUCCUGGCUUACCUUCGAGGAUCCCAGAAGGUUCCAAGCAGGAGAACCAGAAGAUUGUUGGAUAAAAGCCGAACAUUCCAUAUAACCUGUGGUGUGACUAUCUGUAUUUUUUCAGGUGUGCACGUGGCUGCCCAUCUGGUAAACGCCCUCAACUUCUCAGUGAACUUCAGCGAGGAUUUUGCUGAACUGAACGCAGCGAGAUACCGAGAUGAGGAUCCUAGAAAACUUCUCUUCACAACUGUUCCUGGGCUGACAGGGGUUGGCAUGGUGUUGGUGCUCUUCCUAAUGAUUACAGCUUCUACAUAUGCAAUACGAGUUUCCAACUAUGACAUCUUCUGGUAUACUCAUAAUCUCUUCUUUGUCUUCUACAUGCUGCUGAUGUUACAUGUUUCAGGAGGGCUGCUGAAGUAUCAAGCUAAUUUAGAUACCCACCCUCCUGGCUGCAUCAACCCUAAUGGAACCCGGUACCAGAAUGUUCACUUACCAGACCACAGCUUGGAACAUUUUCAUGAAUCUUUCCCUGGAGGACUUUCAAAACCAGAUGAACUUACCAAAAACAGAUCUGUGAAAAUUUGUAUGGAAGAGCCCAGAUUUCAAGCUAAUUUUCCGCAGACUUGGCUUUGGAUUUCUGGACCUCUGUGCCUAUAUUGUGCUGAAAGACUUUACAGGUGUAUCAGGAGCAAUAAACCAGUUACCAUCAUCUCGGUCAUAAGUCAUCCCUCAGAUGUCAUGGAAAUCCGAAUGAUCAAAGAAAACUUUAAAGCAAGACCUGGCCAGUAUAUUAUUCUACAUUGUCCCAGUGUGUCUGCAUUAGAAAACCAUCCAUUUACCCUCACAAUGUGUCCUACUGAAACCAAAGCAACAUUUGGGGUCCACCUUAAAAUAGUAGGAGACUGGACAGAACGGUUUCGAGAUUUACUACUUCCACCAUCUAAUCAAGACUCUGAGAUUCUGCCCUUCAUUCAAUCUAGAAAGUAUCCCAAGCUAUACAUUGACGGUCCAUUUGGAAGUCCAUUUGAGGAAUCUUUGAACUACGAGGUUAGCCUCUGUGUGGCUGGAGGCAUUGGAGUAACUCCAUUUGCAUCAAUACUCAACACCCUGCUGGAUGACUGGAAACCAUACAAGCUUAGGAGACUGUAUUUUAUUUGGGUGUGCAGAGACAUCCAGUCCUUCCGAUGGUUUGCAGACUUACUCUGUGUGUUACAUAACAAGUUUUGGCAAGAGAACAGACCUGACUAUGUCAACAUCCAGUUGUACCUCAGUCAAACAGAUGGGAUACAGAAAAUAAUUGGAGAAAAAUAUCAAGCACUGAAUUCAAGACUUUUUAUUGGACGUCCUCGGUGGAAACUUCUGUUUGAUGAAAUAGCAAAAUGUAACAGAGGGAAAACGGUUGGUGUUUUCUGCUGCGGACCCAGUUCAAUUUCUAAGACUCUUCAUAAACUGAGUAACCAAAACAACCCAUAUGGGACAAGAUUUGAAUACAAUAAAGAAUCUUUCAGCUGAAAGCCUUUGAGAGGAGCCGGGACUCUGAACAAGGAAUGAGUGCAAUUUCUAAGACUUCGAAGCUCAGCUGAAUCAAGUAGCUGUACCAUGCCAAAGAGUAGCAAGGUUUUCUUAUUUAUGAUUAUUUAAAAUGGAAAAGCAGAGGAUGUGGCAAGAUGACAGGUCACAUUACAUGUUUAAUCGGGAAACCAAAGAGGCCCUGAAGAAUAGUUGCUAUGAUGAUUCACUUUCCAGUGCUCAAAUGAAAAGAAAACUAUUAGAGGCACACUGUUGAUUUUUAUGGCAGAUUCAAGAACUCCCUAGGGAGGUACCGCACUUGCUCACUGUGAGGCUGAUAGCCUUGGUCCUCUUUAAAUUGUUUUUGGUUGAACACUUGCAAGAUUGAAUGAAAUUAAAAAUGCAUUGAAACUCAGAUUACAUUUUCUACGUGAGUAUAAACAGAGUAGCUUUGAUUGAGGAAAGCUCCAGGCAAAUAUAGUAGAUGUUUGAAGAUACAGCACAGGACUCUGUAUUAAUACGGGUACUUUGUGUCUCCUCUUCCUCACUACUGAUGCUAAUACCUCUAUUUGAUGUCUGUGGCCUUCAUGUCGAAUGAACUUUGGUAGAUGUUGCUAGAGUAUCUAAUUUUAUAUUUUUUCUUUCUUCUUUUUUCCUCUGUCUAUGGAAAUCUGCCCUCCUUUGCAUACAUUAGACACGAUGAUUUAAUAGGUCUUUUUCAUCUGCAAUUUAUUUAAUCUAUUACUGUUGCAUAGUAAUGAGGAAAAUAUCACUACUGUAAAACAUAAUGGAAUAUAUAGACUAAUAACUUUUUCCCUUGUUCAGCAUUUUGGCCUCUGUUAUUCUUAUUUACUUUCUUCCCCAACGUAGAUUGUCUUAUUUUUCACCUCUGAAGGUACUUUGUUUAAUUUGCACUUUGAGACUGAAGAGCACUGUGUCUCUCAGUCAUCACUGAGAUAUACAAUAUCUCUCUUUUGUCACAUGUUGGUUUAUGCUGGAGACAUGGAAAGUGCAGUGACAUUCCUGAACACCAACAACCAAACCCUGUACUUUACUUUCUACACAAGAGGAAAUACUUCAUUAAUUAUUUGAAUUUAAGCUCAGAAUCAGGAAUAUUAUUUGUUGUGCUAUCUGGUAUUCAGGGUCUUGAAGGGGAAAUUAUCGAGUUUAAAGUCACUGUUGGGACAAUACCGCAUGAUCCUAUCACUUUAUGCUCACUGGCCAUUAUAUUCUGGGCUCAGAGGAAAACAUUUCCCUACUUAAGAAUUUAGUCAUUUUUGCAGGUUAGUGAUUUUGUUUUGUAGACAUCUAUCAAUCGCUAUCAAGUAGAGCACAUUGCUGAAAUAAGUAAAAUGACUUAUCUUGCCUUUGUAAAAUUGUGCCUGGUUUCACAGAACAUGACAGAUAUUACCAUCAUAUUUUUGCUCUGAUUCACCAAUAGCAAUCAAGCAUGGUAAACCACCUAGCAUUGAAUGCCCCUGAACGUAUUACUUAUAGAUAUUUCUUCUUUUCCUUGGAAUUCUUUCUUCUUCCUUCUGUGGAGGGAAGACAAGUCAGAAAAAGAUAUGGGAAAUGUGCAAUGUUCCUACAGAUUUAGCUCUGAAGGCAUAUUUGAUAACCAGUACAUCUUGGCAACACUUUCUAAAUUAAAAAGAAUUUUCAUAAAAACACAGAAAGGAAUUUGAAUUAGUAGGAGGCUUGAUGUGCAAUACUGACUCUUUUCUGAUCAUAGUUUAUUGAUGUGAUUAUAGUAAUAUGCCUAAUUUCAGGAAAAGAAGUUUUUUUUUUUUUUUUUUUUUUUUUUUCAGAAAAGGAGACCUCUUUCUAGGUAGGUCUGCUAUUCUGGAUGAACAGCUUUGUCUCUUUGAAAUUCUAGUCGAUGUUCAAACAUGGAGUGUUAAAUUCAAGUCGUCUCUGCUUCUGUAGGUAAUAAUAAAUUAGAUUUUUAUCGUGCAUGUAGAAGAGAGAGAGUUUUGUUGUUUUGUUUUGAGGGAUUUUUUUGUUCCCCCUCUGGGCCUAUGUCUUGUCCGACAGGUCUUAAAACAGUCAUGUCAGUGGCAGUAGAUGUUAAAAUUAAAAUGGUAUCAUGAGAACUCUAUAAAGUACAUUUACUUUUGCAACAAAUAAAGCAGGCAGUGUUUUUUUCACAAGAGGAUGCAAGUUGAAGAAAAAAAUCUAUUUGCAUCUGGACUAGCAUCAGAGCCUUAAGAGUUUGGUUCUGCAGCUGUAGAUGUCACUGGCCUGUGGUAUAACUGGCAAGUCACUCCCACUCUGGGGUUAGGAUUUCUCAUUUGGACUAGAUUAAUAGUUAUUGAUCUUUUCUGGGUAAUGUAUCUUUUUGAGAACCUGAUUAAAGCGAAUAUAAUGACAUUAAUACAAAAUAUUACAUACAGUUUUGGGGAGUCCACAGUCUUCCAAACUAAGGACUCCAAUUUAAGAAACUGAACAGAAUAAUCCAUCACUAUAGCUCUUUCUACCUAUACAUUUUUUGUGAUUUUUUUUUCAUUGCAAGAAACUAUCCAUUUUUAUAAGAUUUUUAGUAGGAAAUUAACUCUGUGGACAAAGGAAAGGAAAUUCUCUUUAUAUGCCCUCAAACAGAGAAUCCAACAGAAUGUUCGUCCAGUUUUUAAUUUUAGAUCUCCUGCUUUAUGCAAAGGAAGGGUGUGAUUUUACAUACCCAUAAUAAUAAAAGACACAUUCAUAUACAUACAUACAUACAUACUACACGUGUAUUCAUGGCUUACUUUUUUUUUCUUUUUCUUUUUUUAAGUCAGGUUAAAAAUGGAACAAUAGGGGGUUUUUUUUUGUGUUUUUUGGAUUUUUUUCAUGUAGCAACUUAAAAUGCCAGCUGGAUGAUUGUGAUAACAGAAGCACUUACAUUAAAAAAUAAAAGCAAUAUAGACAAAGGAUAGGCUGAAUUGAUUUAAUCUCCAUAUCCAAGUUACUUACUACUCCCCAAAUCACUGUUUCCUUGGAGCAUUCGAGCAGGUAAUAGACUGAAAUCGUAAGGUAUUUCUAAAGAGGCUGGUUAGAGGCAAAUGGGCCGUUGUCAUCAACAGAUAAUGCUUGUGCCUAAGAAUAUUUAGGAUAGUAGAGAGAGAGAAAAAAAAAACCUAAGAAAAAAUUUUUUCCUUAAGGUUAACCCAGCUUGAACAGUGAUGUUGUUUUUAAACAAACUGGUAAGAUACAUUUUUUUAAGUGCUACUUAUGAUAAACAUUUCCUUUUCAUGUGCAGUCCGGGAUAUUUUCAUAUCCAAUAAUGUUAUAGAAACAUAAAAGGCUGAAGUUAGGAGUACUCUUAUUUUGUGGUCAAGAACACCAAGGCAUAAAGGGAAAUGGAAGCUUGCUUCGUCAUCCACAGGGUGAGAUGUACAGCUCAGGGGAUACCUAGUCAUAUCACAGUAACCUUAUGGUGACGGGUGCUAAUGCACUUACUGUGGUAGGGGAAAAAAGUCAACCAUUGAGUGUGUCACAAAGCUGAAACUGGAGUUCAUCCUUCCUCUUUUCUGCUACUGAAGGGCUCUGUCCCCCUCCCUGUCACAUACACAUCUAAUAAGGUGCAUCUGGUCCUAUGAGUUUGCUGUAAACUCUAUUUAGUGCGAGGUGGAAAGUAACGUACCAUGGGUUAAUUCCAGAUUCAGGUGCAGAAAUUCACACUCUUGUUCCCUAUGUAUCUUCUGAUUCUCCAUAUGUUAGUCUUUUAUGUUUUGCCAGUUAGAACCAAUUUCCAGAAAUCCAUUUUAAAAUAUGGCGAUUAUGCUGAAGGGGUUACGUUCUCCAAAACUUUGAAGACAUACGGACUAGUAUGGCUUCUAGGAAAAACUAAUAUUUAAUUUUAAAUUUAGAUUCAUAAACAGAUUCAUAACUUCCCGGCUUUCUAAACGUCCAUGGAAAUGUUGAUAUUAAAACAGAUGAUUGUUGUUCUCUUCACACAUGGGCAUCAUGUUCAGAAGAAAAGAAGCAGUUUUUUGUUAACAAGUGAGACAGGAAAUAAAUGAAAUCAAGCAUAACGAGCAUUUACUUCAACCAGCACAGAACAAUGAGAACUCUAUGUUUCCUUCUGUCUAAAUCUCCACUCCAUUACCCCAGCUUCUUUAUCCCAUACUGUGAUAUUCUCAAAGGACAAAGUUGCAAAAGCUAGCUAGAUGAAGUUUUCCAAAAGAAAGAAGCAGAAGACCUUCAAUACUUAGCCAAGAAGGGAACAUUAAGAGAGAAGAGAAAAAUGGCCAGGCCAGCCACUUAAAAUUAGCAAAGAGUUAAGCAAUGUUGCCUUAGAACAGAGACUAGAAAUUUUCUUUGAAGUGAAUACACAGAAUGUUUAGUUUCUCCAAUACAAAACUGUUAUAUUCUUGUUGAUAAAAUCUUAAAGUGGAUUUCUUAUUUUAAGCAUUGUGGCAAAAUUACCAGUAAUCUUCCUGCAGUGUUAGGCUACAAUUUAAGUAUUGGUGAGGGCAAGAAAUGCCUCAGAAGAGCAAAACUAGGAAGACAAAAAAAGGAGUCAAAGAAAGAGAAAUUACUGAACACAUCAGGAUGUGAUUAUGCUUUUCUUUUCACAGCUCAAAAGAUAUUCAAGUGUUUGGCAAAACUGGCUGUUACUGUGGUUUGGGAAAAUAUAAGAGAAUGUAAUGUUUGGUUUGUUUCUAGGGGUCCUUUCACAUUUUCUUUGCGACUAGAAUUGUAGCAAAAGCUUUACCUUUGAUCAGAAUUGCAUCUGGCUUCUAGGAGAAUUAGAGCUUUCAUGAGCUGCUGGUUGACCUGGACACAACCCCACCAUUUAGACAAGAACCAGCACUAUGUAAAUGCUCUAAUAUAUGUAGCAAUAAAGAAGGGGAGUCUGCCAGGCCUUUGUUCAGCUAAAUACACUGCGCAUUAAAUUCUCUCACUGCAAGGUCAUAUUUCUCAGCGCUCAUUCUUCUGCCCAGAGAAGGGCACUUCUUCACAAGUGCGGACACUGAGAAACAGAAUUCUGUCUUGUAAACAGUGUAUCAGUUCACCUAUAUCUGCACAUUCAGUUGAAACUGGUUUUCAAUUAGGAUGUCUAUAUAAUUCAUUGUAGUGGUGAGAGAUCUCCAUAGUGGACAAAAUGGGGGCCUUGUUUGUCUGCUAAAAAUAUAGAUGGCAGCCAAUCCAUUGGCCAGGGAGAAAGCAGUUACAUAUUCCAGGUUUUCCUUUCCAAGUGAGUCUUAAAAGAAUGUAAACUACCUUACCACACAUAUGUUGGAAUGUGACCUGAGUUGUACUCCGUGUUCUGUGAGUCGAUAUAUUUCACAAUUUAUUCUUGAUUCCCAGGGACUGUCCAGGAACAUUCUAGCUCUUCAGUCAGCUUAACAUCUUUAACCACCUACGUAGGCAUCCACCAGGGGCAAUUAUAUCCUUGUUUUAAAGAGGACCACUAUUUUCUGACCAAGCGGCAUUGACAGGGAACUCUUCUUUUUUUUCCUCUCCUCAUUAAAAUUUGAUUCAGAUUCAGAGUGGGGAAAAGUAGAAACUGCGUUCAAAAGUAGGAAUAAUUGACUGCAAUUCUCUUUCCGCUGAGAGGGCCAGAGUCAUCAUCUUAUCCAGCCUCCUCCACUGUGUAGAGUAAACAGGCCCUAGAUUAGAAAUCUGAAAACUCAUAGGCUUUAUCCCUGAAGAGUAUUAGACACUGUACAUAAAAAUGCAUGUAAUUUCUACCUCCUCCUACAUCGUUUUUACUGGGAUGUGGUAGAGCAAGCAUGUGGGGAUGAAGAGGAAAAAAUGCAGAGUUAAGAGGAAUUUCCUGGGUAAAUCGUCCUUAGUAAGUUUUUGCCAACAUAGUAAAAACAAAACAGUGCUCUGAGAAAGUAAAAACGCAGGCUUUUAGGAGUCACUGUCCAUCGCAACUGAAAGGCUCAGUAUUUAAUUAUGUUUUCUGGGCAAGUAAAGAAAUACCCUCAAGCAAAGAAACACCACUAUCUAUCUUUGUUUUUCUGAGAUUCCCGUAAACAAAGUUGCCUGUUAUGUCCAGUAGAGCUGCCGUCUGGAUUCCUCGUAAGAAAUUUUGAUCAGGCCCAGUGUGGCUAGAGAGAGCUGUAUUGAUCUUUGACAGUCAGGCUAGGAGUUGCUGGAGGGUGAUGGAAGUUAUUCUACUUAAGGUUUCAUGGAAGAGAAAGCGAGUAUGAGAUUCCACUGAAUUAAAACUAAGGCCUAUAUCUUAGAACUAGAAAUUCUGUAGAAGGAAAAAAAGCACUUCACUGCAGUUAUUUUUUUCCUGGAUGAAAUAUAAUUUAUCUUUUUUUAACUCUUACCAAAGAUACUUCAUGUUAUGUAUCUUCAUCAAAGCUUGGGUUAUUUUCUAGAUAUUUGUGUUUAAAUGUGUGUGUGUGUGUGUGUGUGUGUGUGUGUGUGUGUGUGUGAGAGAGAGAGAGAGAGAGAAAGUAAAUUGCCUGAAUGAAAAUGACAUUCUGUAAUACUGUGUAAUGACGCUUUCCAGCUUCCAUAAUAAGCAUUCAGUGGUGGCAGGUUUGCAAUUAGAGGAAGUAUAGUUCUAUCAAAAUAUGAGAGGCUCGGCAAUCCAAGUGUGGCAUUUGAUACUUGUCUGGCUAAAAUGAGGUGUGAGUUUAUACCUUGCUAGAGAGGAAGCACUAACCCAGAGUUAAUACUUGCAAAGAUUUGGAAAAAGGAAUAUAUAUAUAGUUAUUUUAAAUGUAUUUUUAUUAUUGUAAAGACACGGUGUGUUUGUAGAAAACCUUUAUUGUUUUAGAACAUGGCAUAGUGUUUAAAAGCUAGACAAAUAAAGGUUGGACAAAUGUACUUAAAAUCCCUCUCAUUAUAGACUAAUUGUGCACCUUUGGCAGUAAUAAUCAAGAAUUGUCUCCAGGACUCUUAGAACACGUUUGUAUUAUUUUCAUCCUAAUGAAAGAACUGAUGAUCACACUAGUCUUACUUGUGACGAUAUUAAAUAAGCAAUAUUUAAGAAAUAUUCCUUUGAAGAAUCAAAAGUGGUCUAAUUCCAAACCUCUCAACUCUCUUGUAACUCUCAUUUCAUCUAAUGUAUAAUUGGAAAAUAAAGAAGUCUAAACUCUAAA